UUUUUUUAGAAAACUCAAAGUUUGCCUUCGCCCAGUCGCCCACCUUCUCCAUCGCCUAAAAAACUAUCCAAGUCAAAGGAUUCUAAACCCAAAAAGAAACACGAGCAAAAACAGAAAAAGGAAGAACCAAAACACGACUUGGAGACAGCUGCCUAUCUUACUCAGACAUUUUACCCAAUUCCUUUGGAACCGGUCGGGACUCAGAGGACACCAACUUCUCAGAGUGAGCAAUGCAUGCCAGCGUCGAUUUUGGUUGUUCGUCCACCUUCUGACGAAAUAUUGUCGCCAAUAGUCGAAAAAGGACCGGAACGAGUUGAAACGGCAAAAAAGGUCGAACAAACCCCUUCGAUUCCAUCAAAUAAAGGAGGGAGUAACGAAGAUAUUCACGUGGAAACAUUUCCGGUAAUUACCAUCUCGGCAGGACAAGAAGGCGAUAUUGAAGCUGUAAUACGUCAAUCACUUAAAGGAGGUCAAUUUGAAUUUCCUGAGAAGAAAAUUAAAGAAGGGAAUAUACGGCACCAGAUGAAGAGUGUUUGA